UAGCCAAUCAGACGCAGAGUAGGGGCGGGUCUUUCGCAGAGUUACGUCAGACGUUUUGGUAUGAACGCCGCUGUCAGGGAUGGAGUAGUUCAGCCUGUCAACCGCUUCGGAUUCAAGUAAAGUGAUCGUAAACGGACUCACACACUGAGGUGACUGAGUUGCACGACAAUUUUAGCAGCUUUCCUUGCGCUGCCACGGAGAUGUCUGGACGUGUGUGUGCCAGCAUCCUGUACAGAGCUUCAAACUACACUCUUGCACUCUCCCCCACUGCCUCAUCCCAGUCUGCUCUCUUUGCAGCAGUCUCCUCUCCUCACCGAAGACCAACCCAGCACCGUCAGUUCUCAACCUUUGGCUGCUCCAGAUCAGAUCAGUGGUGUUUCAGUGGCGAUGAGUUAGGAUCUGGGUCUCAACAAGGUGGGCGCAACCUCUCGACCCGUCAGGAUCUGGACUUCCAGCUCAACCGGGUCCAGAUCGACAGCAUCCUGCGGACUAAUGAGCAGUGUGUGAGUGUGCCUGAGUUUGAUGGCAGGGGACUCAGUGCAGUGCGAAAGUUUGAGAGCAACCAGCUGGCUGCUAACACACCCAAUGAAGACCGUCGCAGUGUCGCCACCUGCUUACAGACAAAGGGCAUGCUCUUUGGAGUUUUUGAUGGCCAUGGGGGUUGGGCAUGUGCCCAGGCGGUCAGUGAGCGUCUUCUGUACUACGUAGCAGUUGCCAUGAUGCCCCAGCAGACCCUGGAGGAGCUGGAGAGGUGUAUGGAGCACAGCAGACCUGUUCCUCCCAUCUUACAGUGGUACCAACACCAUGGGGACUUCAGCUCCCGGGAAUCUGCCUCACUAUACAUAGACCACCUCAGAGUCUUCUGGCAAGAAUUGCUGGCCAGUGAGGACCACGGUGAAGGCAUGAGUCCUCCGGAUGCUCUGGACUUUGCUUUUAAGCGACUUGACACUGACAUCUCCUUGGAGGCUCAGGUCCCACUUUCCAGUGACCUUAUGAAAAGCACAGCCAUUCAGGUUGCCUUUGCUGGCUGCACAGCCUGUGUAGCUCAUGUGGACACAGAGGGGAUCUAUGUGGCGAAUGCCGGUGAUUGCCGAGCAGUGCUGGGGGUGCAGGAGGAGGACGGCUCAUGGAGCGCUCUGCCCCUCUCCUGGGACCACAACUCCCAGAACGAGGCUGAGCUGGAGCGCCUCAGGGCACAGCACCCACCUUCAGAGAGGGACACAGUGGUUACAGACGACAGGCUCCUGGGGGUUCUGAUGCCCCUGCGUGCCUUUGGUGAUGUGAGAUUCAAGUGGGGUCGUGAGUUGCAGCAGAGUGUUCUAGCUGGCCUCGACUCUGGAGUAGACUUAGACGCUCUUAACCUUUACCAGUACACUCCACCCAACUACCUAACUCCACCCUACCUGGAUGUGGCACCCGAACUAACCUAUCACAAGCUGAGACCUCAGGAUCGCUUUCUCAUCCUUGGCUCUGACGGGCUGUGGGAUGAACUGGGGAGCGAGGAGGCUGUGCGACUUGUCGGGGAACACUUGAGUGGGAUUCACCUACAGGCUCCAGUUUCUCCAUCUGAGAGGCAGCUAAAGCUGGGUCAGAUGCAUGAGCUUUUGCUGAAACGCAGAGCCCGGGCCACCCCUGCCCUUGACCGCAACGCCGCCACACACCUCAUCAGACAUGCCCUGGGCACAGGGGAUUAUGGGGAACUGUGCCAGGAGAGACUGGCCUCCAUGCUUGCACUCCCAGAGGACCUGGCACGCAUGUACAGGGACGAUAUCACAGUUACUGUGGUGUAUCUGAACUCAGACUUGGCGAAACCUCAUCACAGCUAAUGCACAGACUUUUUCAGAAUGCUAUGGACAUAAAUAGAGAUGUAACUAUAAAUCCUCUUCAGCUCAGUUCAGAUUUGAGCAACAUAUCCUGUGAGUGUGUUUGUCAACAGUGUUUUCCAAAGAAUUUAUACAUAAAAGGAGAGUUUUAAGUGGUGUUUAUUGUAUAGAUGGCUAUUUUUUACCACUCCAUAUACUUUACACAGUUUGUUACAUUUUUAGGUGAUUAUGACAUUUAUUAGGUUACUACUGUACAGCCCAUUGUUGCAAUACAGAUCUUUCUGCCUUCUUUUCAUUUUCUGGGGCAAAACUACUUCCUUUGUCACCAUGUGGCAGAGUGAGUAGAAGUAAUGGGAGUAAAUACUGGCCUAUACAUUAAAACAUAAUUUUGCUUCAUACUAUGUAUUUUUGUUCUGUAUUUGUAUGUGCAGAUUCAGAAUUUUAUGCUCAACAAUUCAUUGGUGAAAUAAUCUUUUUCUGUUUACUUAUGUGAAAACUCUGAGGUAUAUUUGUAAUUAUGUGUAAAUGUACUGUGCAUAGACACACCUGGAUUAAAAGCUCUUAAAAUCUUU